CGGAGAGCGUGGCCUCUCGUACAGUUCAGUCGCGUCUCGUCCCUCACGGUAUUUGCGUCGGUUCCUCGUUGCUCUCCGUCUCGCGUGUCCUUCCCCCCCUUCUCGCUCUCUCUCUCUCUCUUUUCCACCGGCGAUAACGUCCCGCUCGAGAAAACAUGCCAUAUCGCGGAAAAAUACGACUGCUCGGCAGAGCGUGCGUCGCGUUCGGUAACGCGUGCGGGAAGAGCGAGGGCAAUACGUGUUUCGCCGUCGCCAGCAUUGCCGGCAGCAGAAACUUCUCCGUGGGCCACACGCUCGAUAUGAGGUUCGUCCAGUUCACGAGCAAAAGCGGGGGCCCGCAGCAUCUCGGGGUCCAGCUGAAGCAGGGGGGUGACAUCAUCGCCGUGUCCGCGGUCGACUCGCGGAUACCGAACACGCUGAAAAAGUUUCUGGAGGGCGGCGACGAUCUGCUGAAGAAGGCCAAGAGGGACGACGAUUUCGACCUAAGGAAGGCAGUAGAGAGAAUAGUCGCCGAGGGACGGAGCAUCACGCCCGAGGCCGACGUGAACUUCCUGGCGCCGAUCACGUGUAUGGACAAGCUCGCCUGCAUCGGCCUCAACUACAGCGGGCAUUGCCAGGAGCAAGGUAUACCGACUCCGGAGAGUCCGGUAGUCUUUAACAAAUUUCCCAGCAACAUCAUCGGGCCGCAAGACAACAUCCUGCUGCCGUCGAUCUCGGACAAGGUCGACUGGGAAGCCGAGCUGGCGAUAGUGAUCGGCAAGAGAUGCAAGAGCCUCAGUAACGAUGACGUCGAGGACUGUAUCUUCGGUUACACGGUGGCGCAGGAUAUAACGGCGCGCGACUGGCAGAAACAGAAGCGGAACGGCGGCCAGUUCCUGCUCGGGAAAGCGAUGGACACGUUCUGCCCCCUCGGCCCGGCCGUAAUCACCAAGGAGGCGAUAUGCGACAUCAACAAUCUGUCCGUGAGGACGUGGGUGAACGGCAAGCAGAAACAGGACGGCAACACCAGCGAGCUAAUCUUCAAACCUCACGAAAUAGUCGCUUACCUCUCGCAAUUUAUGACGUUGUUACCAGGCGACGUGAUCCUCACCGGCACGCCGGCUGGCGUAGGAUUCACGCGCAAUCCACCCGAAUAUUUGCAGCGUGGCGAUGUACUUGAAACCGAAAUCGAGAGUCUGGGACGUCUGAGGAACAAAGUAAUCUGAUCCGAGAGACGGAGCACACCUUUGGAAAGCGUUAACAGAACUUCGUGAUUCUCACAAGACUGGACCUACGUUCCCUCAGGGAACGACAUUCGCGAUGAUGUUGAACUGAAGUCAUGUCCGCGAAUUGAUUUUGGAUACAAGAACAGAUACUCGAACAAUAAUUUCAGCGCGAUUGCGAAUGUUCAUGCCAGAGGUGACAUCGCCCUCUUCUUCAUUCAGAGGCACAGACAGGAAACACACGGGGCGCCUAGCAACCCUAAUUUUUUAUGUGUCACGCAUUUUACGUAUUUGUAUAAUUAAAGCAAGUUGUUUCUACAG